AUGGCGGCCGAUUCCCUCGCCUGGGUGACACCCACACAUUUGGCCGCCACAAGGACCGGCCUGGCACACGCAGCUGCGCAGGGACAUCUCAGCAAGGCGCUUCCCUCUUCCACCUCGGGCACCCCGAAGACGACGAAGACCCUGUGGAGUGCCAAGCCUGCCCUCGCCGUUUCUCUGCUGACUUCGGCCGUGGCUGUCGGUGGCAGAAGGACACGGCGGCGACUCCGUGCCGUGCAUUCCGAGCCUGGGCGCAUCGUGGCAUCGCCACAGGAGACGUACGAGGCGUGGGUACAGAAGGCACGGAAUCUGCAAGAAGAGCCUUGGUCCAAGACAUUCUAUGCUGCCUACGUGGGUGGCUGCUUUGUGGGUAUGGCAGGAUUACUCUCCUUGGUGGUGGGUGGUAACAUCACGGCCAAUCCGACUGUACGCAACCUGCUCUUCGCGGCCCUGUUCCCGGUGAACUUGCUGCUAGUGCUUCAAACUGGCGCGCAGCUCUUCACUGGCAAUGCUGCCAUCAUGGCCAUCGGUGCUUUCGAAGGACAAGUCACCCUGAAGAGCCUGCUCCGCAACUGGGGCCUCAGCUUCCUGGGGAACCUGCUGGGUUGCCUCACGCUGAGUGCUGUGGCCCAGUACACUGGCAUGCUCACAGGGGGUGCCGCAAGCAUGGCCAUAGAAGCAGUGCUGUCCAGGUGCUCCUCAAGUUUUGGGCAGACUCUGGUGAAGGGCGUCAUGUGCAACUGGCUGCUGUGCGCGGCCAUUUGGCUCAGCACUAUGGCCAAAGGCCUUUCCGGGAAGAUGGUGGGAAUAUGGUUCCCCAUCUCAAUGUUUGUGGGGAUUGGCUUUGAGCACUCGAUCACGAAUAUCUUCCUCCUGUCGUCCGGCCUUUCGGCUGGUGCUCCGGCGACGGCCGCCGAGGUCAUCAUGAAGAAUCUGGUACCGGCGACCAUUGGAAAUGCUUUGGCAGGUGCCCUGAUCGUGGGCGCCGGCAUGUCCUAUGCCUUCGGCCGACUUGGGCGUGCCAAGAAGUCGUUGCGCCUGACUUUUCCCAGCCGUCGUGGCCUGGAGGAGGGUGCCCUGGUUACCCAAUGA